UGGGCUGGGCCUGGGCGGGACGGGGCUCUUGUCCCCCCCCCGCGAUGCAGACGGGGCGGGGCCACAGAACCGAAAGCAAAAGAGAAGGGCGGGUGGAGCGGCGAGUGCCACCGGCAGCGGGACCCUGGGCCCGCGGACAUGGACUCGGAGGAGGACUCCUUCAUCCAGCUGUCCCAGCCCGGGGAGCUGGAGGGCGACGCCGCGGAGGGGACCCUGGCGCAAAUCCGGCAGGAGAUCGAGCGUUGCAAGGAGCUUUGCAGCGCUCUGGAGCAAGACCAUGCAAAGCUACAAGCGGCCAAGGAAGCUGUAGAGCAAAGGACACGAGAUCUGAGGGAAGAGGAAGAACUCUUUCAUAAAACUUUCGAGCAGCAAAAGAAUUCAAGCAGAGAUGAAGAGCAAUACUGGCAGACGGACAUUUUGUUAGCAAAGGAGGAGAGGGACAGACUGAGUCUGGAGAAGCAGGUGCUGGAGAAGAAACUGGAAGAAGCGAGGCAGAGGUUCCACCGGGAGGAUCCGGUGACGAUGCUGCCUGCCUUGCCAGAGAAGAAAAUGGUGUUUAAGGGACUUGUGACAAACAAGGAGGAUGUGAACAAGCUGAUUCUCACCCCGCUGGUCCGCUACCCUCUGCUGGGGGGCUCAGCUCUCAUCACCUUUGAGAAGGCAGAGGUGGCCCAGACGAUCAUAGACCUGAAGGAGCACGUGGUGGAGCUGAGCUGCGGGGAGGAGCUGACGGAGCUUGACUGCUGCAAGGUGCGAGUGCAGGCAGCGCCGGUGGAGCUGCUGCUGCCGUCUGCCCUGGAGAUCGGGCUGACUCGGAGCAGCAGGACUAUCCUGGUGUCUGACCUGCCCAGCCUGGGCAUCCCCGAGGAGGCACUGCUGGACAAGCUGGAGCUCUUCUUCAGCAAGACGAAGAAUGGAGGCGGCGAGGUGGAGAGCAGGGAGUUCCUGGACAACUCCAGCCAGGUGGUGCUGACCUUCGUGCAGGACGGAGUGGCUGAGCCGCUCAUUGCGAGAGGACGCAUGCAGGUGCUUAUUGGGAAGGGGAAAUAUGACAUCAAAAUAUCACCGUAUAUGAGCGGAGACGUCACUGACCUGCAGCUCCAGCCCUCCCGCUGCCCCCGGACCGUCCUGCUCUCGGGGAUCCCAGACGUGCUGGGUGAGGAGGCCAUGAGGGACACCCUGGAGAUCCACUUCCAGAAGACCAGCCGCGGCGGGGGAGAGGUGGACGUGCUGGCCUAUGUCCCAGCAGGACACCAGGCUGUGGCCGUUUUCAGGGAGGACGUGGGCUAACCCCUAACCCCGCCAGCGCGGUGCAGUGGGUGCUGCAAGCAUUAAAGCAUCUGCAGGGA